AUGCUCUCUCACGAUCACGCCAACUACCAAGCUCGGCUUGAUUUCGUGCGCAACCUCUUGAAUGACCGUUUUUCUCUCGGGGACGAACUUGACAUCUCACUCAUGACCCCGAGUGCAGUUUUAAACAACUACUGGGAUGGCACCUUUCAGCCAGGUACUGUGGCCAUUCCCAAGGGCACAAAAGACCUCGUGGUGCGACUUGGUAAUCGUGAUACUGAGGGUGUCCACCAAGCGACCCCCAUCCAUUGUUCCUCGGAUUUAUGGGAUGCUUUCGUCCAGCGGGGCGUUCCGGCUCAGUUCGAGUCGUUGAGCGAUAAGGAUGACAAGGUGGUGGUGCACUGUGAUUUUAGCCCAACCAACAUCUUAUUUGCCAAAGCCUCGGGGCGUAUAACCGCCCUCAUUGAUUAUGAUUUUUCCUGGAUCUCUCACCCCUCUUACGAGUUUCUGCGCUCAUUAGAUGGUCUCGGGGGCCAAUUUCGAGGCUGGUCCAGCGACGAAGAGAGCCAGGAAGCAGCGUUGAGAGAUGCCAAACUCCACGGGUUUCCUGUCUCCCUACCAUCCACCACCGAGUCAGACUCGGGAGUUGAUUGGGUUGUUGCGAAGGCCUGGGAGGAGGCAUUGGAGGCUGAAGGAGUCAAACGACCAAGGACUAUGGAAGGUAUCGAUAGGGUGGCUGACGUUGACACAAUCCUAUGUGCUAUUUUGCCAUGGCGCGUGAACAACGCCGACAUCUUGGCUCGCCAGACUGAGGAGGUUAUCAUUGAAUGCAGAAACAAUAAUGAGGAGCAUCUGGACAAGUUGUUAACCCGCCUGGGAUUCUGA